AUGUCACGCUUUCGACCUGUCCGCGCGUCACCUCCACCCAAAUCUUCCGCCAUCCCUGCUGCUACCCUCGCCAAAGACCUGGAUAACUCGCGUAGCUCCACCAUCUCUGUGCCAGAGCUUGUCGAUCUCUCCCCAGAAGAAGUCGACUUCAUCGAUGCCGUGAUAGAGCGCGCACCUGCAUCUGCGACGACGUUCUUGACAGUGUUCAAGGCAUAUAACGAUCUCCUUCAAGAGCGUGGGUUGGACCCGCAAAACGAGGUGGUGUACUAUGGCAAACUCUUAAAACUGGGCACUCUGCGAGGCAAGAACUGGGGAGAGAAAUGGGCGAUGAUAAAGCAGCAGCAGGGAUACGUGGUAGGGGCAGGAGGUGCCCGACGAACGACACGUGUGACACGGGCCGCCCCCGCGUCCACCAGGAUUUCGACGCGUCUCACGGCAGGGAUCAACAAUGUCCGGCCAGAGGAUACACUUACAUUACACUCUCACCCAGAAGACGCCGAUGUCGCCCCGGAAAGUCCAGUCACCGCCCUUCAGUACCACCACAUCCCACAGGCCACCAGGCCACCUAUUUCUCCCACUUUCACUACUACCACGACGAACUCCCUGGGCCUUGAUACUGGUAUUCCUGCCGCGAGCUAUAAUCCGAGACGUGCGUUUGCAUCCCGCCCUACUCCGACGCGUCAACUUGGUCACUGGGAUGCAGAAACGUCAGAGGCGACGGGCGACUCAGCCCACGCUCCUUCCACAAUUCCACCAUCUUACGGUGCGGCUAUGCGUGACGUGGUGCCUCCCAGGCAUAUUGCUCUAGCUAAAUUACCGCUAAGCAGGACUGCGUCUGCAUCGCCACCGUCGAUCCAGCCCAUAGCGCUUCGUCGCUUGGUCCCGCGAGGCAAGGAGCGGAGGGACAGCGUGGUCAAUGAAGAGGACGCGUGGAGCAAAAUCAAAAUGGCUCAGGACGAGCAGGAUGCGGACAGGUUCCGCGACGAGAGGCUGCUCGAGCGCUGCUGGGAUGUCUGGCGGCAGGGAUACCAAUGGAUCAUCACGACCCACGAGCAAAUCACCGAAGCACGCGAUCACCUAAUUCUCCGCAUCGCGCUGCAGCGCUGGCGCGAGCGCACCGCUGAACACCAUGAGCUCUACAAACGUGUCUACGAGCUCUCCAACAACCGCCGGCUCAAGCUUGCGCUUCACGUCUGGAAGACGAAGCUCAAAGAGAAGAAGCAAGCAAACUGGCGAAAUGAUAUGCGCGCGAAAAUGAAAACCGUGCGCGAGAACCACGAAACUAAGCUGGUCAAAGAUGCGUGGGCCAAGUGGCGCCAGUCGUAUCAGUCUCACCUUUCGGGGCAGCAGUAUUCAGAGAAGCUCGUAAUUCGAUUCCUUCGGCGGUGGAAACUCAGGCUGGGUUCGCUCGACCAGCUGGACGCUGCGGCGGAUCACUUCAUAUAUGCCAAAGAAGUAGAGCAGGUCUCAAAGUGCUGGGACAUGUGGCGCUGCACCAUGGAGGUCCGGAAGGCAGAGAGGACGAUAACUGAACGCGUCGGCCUGCGGGUGAUGGGUGAUGUGAUGGAUGUUUGGAGAGGCCGACUGCACGAUAACCGGGUCGCCGAUGGGUUCUACGACGUGAUUGUGGUGAAACGCGCUCUCGGUGCAUGGAAGGCUGCGCGAGACCGGAUACGAACCCUUGAGAGUCGCGCAUCCAAACACCUGGCGCGCCAGAAUGACGUGCUUGUUCGGGCAGUUAUGCGAGUAUGGAAGGCUCAUGAACGGGGAAAGUUACUGGAUCGUGUAAGGACCGCGCGUCUACUCAAGCAAGCCGUGGCGGUAUGGAAGAGACGCGUACGGCAGCAACGAGAACUCGAAGAUCUAGCCGUCGCCUUCUCUAUGCGCUCCUCCUCGACACUAGCAUUUUCAUCCCUGCAAAAAUGGCGCCAAGUCCACACCACGCAUCGCAAUGCCCAUGCUUUCGCGGUGCACUACCGGUCAGCUCAGCUGCAAUACAAGAUGCUUCUGGUAUGGCGCCUGGAGCUGAGGACAAAACUGCGGAUGAUCAAGCAGGCGAAGCUGGCAAACAAGUACUUCGUGCUGAGGACGUUCUACAACAAAUGGGCCGCAAAGCUUGUGCAAAGGCGCCUGGAGACGAAACUGAAAGUGUUCGAAGGCCAAAUAGUCAAGAAAUUCCUUGAGGAGUGGCAGAAGGCCACACAGCGACAACAGCAACGCAAGCUGGCUGAGAUGAUCAUUCAGCAGCGCAUCGCUCUGCGCAUACUCUCCGGUGCAUUGACUCAUUGGACAAAUCAUGUAGCCAACAUCAAGUUCCGCGAGUUGGAGACUACCCAAAAGGUCGAGAGCACCAUUCUCGCUAAUGCCUUCAAAAAGUGGAAGGGGUUAUGUAUACGGCAUGUUGAGGAACUGAGCCUGAUGGAGAGCUAUCAAGACGUCAAACGCGAAGAGAACAUGCGCCGGAUGUUCUACCGCUGGUUGACAGCCGCGAGGAAGGUUCGACACAGGCGCCUUUAUCUGCAGGAAAAAGAAGAAGAGAUGAAGCUGACUGUGGUAGCCGCCGCAUGGGAUAAAUGGCGGGAACGCUUCCAAGACAUCCGACUGCAGCCUGUUGCAGAUGACUUCCUCAUGCAAAAAGAGACGAAUACCAUGUUCCGCGCAUUCGGUAUCUGGCAUUCAAAGACGAAGUCCCUGCCUGCUGUAAGGUUCCACGCGUCUCGUGCCAAGGCAAAGGCCUGGCAGAUCUGGCGGGACGCCAUGCCUCGUGCCUUACAAGCUCGAACUGCGCGCGAUAUGGACCGCCGGUCUGUUUUAGCCCAAACAUUCGACAAAUGGCUUAAGACGUACAAGACCAAGAUUGAACUGAAGGCCGUCGCUCGCGCGCGAUACCUUCGUCUCCCAACUGCAGCACCCCGCCAAGUCAUCGAAAACCCGCGAUUUACUAUGGGCACUCAGCCGCCCAGAAGUGUAUUCCCGAGGACACUGCGCUCCAGCAGCCCUGGCAAAGACCCCUCUAACGCAGCCGCAGGGCCAUCCAUCGGAUGUCCACGCCCGGGAAAGACGGGUAUCGUGAGUUUGCUCACGAGCAAGCUGCGGUCUCCAGAACGAUCUGAGAGGAGGCUGACGAGGACGCGAGCCUCGAUCAGUCCCUCGCGGCCCAAGCUCUCUACUCGUGGGACUACGACCCGCGAUCCUAGCCCCACCCGUGCCGAGUCGUCCUACGGGGGUGGCAUGCGGGAUGACGAGCGACCAGCGAGAUCUGUAGCAUCGGGUCCAUCGGUGGGUGAGGCCGCCCGGAGCAGUCUCUGGCAAGAACUCCGAGAGAUCCGGUUGAGGGCAGGCACUCUUUCGGAGCGAUCACGAUUCCGAGAGCCCCCAUAA